CCUCCUGGCCAAGGCUGCGUCUAGGAAGUUGCCUGCCGCUCCUGAGUCCAGAAAAUAAGGGUGCCCGAAUACAGCCACACACUAUGGCGUCAAAACCGUGUCAAAAUUUGCGAGCGAGCAAAGUCACUUGGCGCAAGCAAAACCACACUCGCCCUCCCCGCGCGCGCGCAGCCAGCCCUCUCCGCGCGCGCGAGGAGGCAAAACACUCGCGAGAGUGGAAUUUGCCACGCCUUCGGCUUGACAGUCGGGGGAGGGACCCAGACAGGAUUGGCUACGGCUGUUUUCCGGAAGUGGAUUGUGAUUGGCUGUUUGUCAAUGUCAUAGCACUUGCACGAAAAACCCGGGAAUAAGACACAGAAGGCCCACUCACACUUGAGCGUGAUGGCGGACUUCAAAGAGGUAUGUGCAGAUGCUUUGUUGAUGCUAAAUAUUAAACAUAAAUAGAAAUAUAUUUCUCUUUAAAAAGAGAAGUGUGUAUUGUACAGUCGGAUAUGUGGUGCUUACUUUAGUAGCAUUACAAAAUAAUUAGAGACAAAUUUGGUCUUUUUAGGCCGAGCUGCAAAAUGCCGCAAGACACGUGGUGUCUCUACUGCGCAGUGCAUUAGCUGAAGCCCGUGGGUCAGUGCCUGCAGUUUCUACAGCUGAUGAAGUGCAGGUUCAGGGACAUCAGGCAGCAGACAGCAGGUAGACAUGCAGGAACAGACUGCCCCUUGUAACCAGGAACAGCCUGCAAGGAGACCUGUCCAGCAGCAGCGGACCUUUGGCUUUUCUGGUACAUGUGGUUCAGUGGAGCAAAGUAUGACCAGAUCUUUCCCUGGCCUCUUUAAACCCCGCAAAAACAGCACCCCAUCUCCAAAAAGAAAGGCUGCUAGGUCAACACCAGUCCAAUUCUACCUGUUAAACCAGUUUGUAGAGAGGACCCCUAAAAUGUCGACAGAACUUCUACUUCUCCAGGCAGGACUUGGAAGGAGGACAGUGACCAUCCCAGAAGACGGACAGCAUUCUGAGAUUUCCAGUCUACUUUUGCAAAUGUACCCUAAAAUGGCAUCACUGCAGGGAGCAUGGAUGCUAUAUAAAGCUGUUGGAGGAUCAGGUCAGCGAAAGUUAAACGUUGUGCAACCAGAUGAAGAGGGCUACACAGGGGCAUAUAUUAUUAAAGCCUUAGGAGGAAGGGGGGGUUGUCUGUACAUCAUGCCAUUGCAAGGAACUUUGGACAUGUCCCCCUUACCAUUUACAUCGCGUGAAUUUGACAGGAUGCCAAAAGCUCAAUGCGCCACAUGUCAUGUGGACAUGCUUAUCCAGCUACUGGCUCUGCAUGCCCAGAAGUGUGAGCCAGACACAGGCAGUCGAUUAAAUUCUUUACCAGAUGUGUUUUCAGAUGUCGAAGCUUCAUGUGAUCUUACAGAAAUGGACAGUGAAAGGUGCGCAGUGGACGAACCAGAUUCCAGACCAGCGGUUGUGGUUAAAGUAUCUUGUCCAUUGUGUUGUGACGCGUAUCCAGAGGACUGCAUCGAGGAACAUGCCAGCACCUGUGAGGGAAGAUAUGAAGAACCUAGAGUUAAUUCAGAUUUACAGGUUGACCAGGACAUAACAAACGAAAAUAGGCAAGAACCAUACAGCCUCGCUGAUGCUGUCUGCAAAGUUAAGUAUAAGAUAGAUCUCCAGGCUAUCUUCAGUAUUUGCGUCACAAGGGAAGAAAUAUUCCACCGGGGACUGAAACAGUGGAAACGGCAAAAAAAAGCUACUCCAAUUAAUCCCCUCCGUGUUUCUUUCUUGGGAGAAGCGGGAAUUGACAAUGGUGCUCUAAGAAAGGAAUUUCUCACUGAAAUGAUGGCAGGAAUCGAGACGAACCUUUUCGAAGGAAGUAGUGCUGGAAAAACCCCGAAGUAUUCCAUAAUGGAUUAUCAAAAUGAUAAUUUUAAGAUAGCUGGUGAAGUAAUAGCUGUGAGUAUUGCACAGGACGGCCCACCCCCCAACUUCUUUCAUGAAUGGAGCUAUACAUUUAUCUCCAUGGGUGAAUUUGACAAAGACCAACUGUCAGAGACGGAUGUGACAGACCCAGAGCUACUGGACCUCAUUAGCAAGGUUGAGACUUCAGACAAAGCAGCCUUGAUUGACCUUUUAGAAAGAAUUCUGGCAUGUGGCUACAUGGGACCUGUAACAUGUGACAAAAAGGCAUCAAUUGUAAGUGCUAUUGUUCUACACUCCCGUGUUCGUGUCCUGCCGAUGCUGCAGCAGAUAUGCACAGGACUUAAACUGUACGGUCUCCAUGACAUGAUUAAGCAGAACCCAGCCAUCUUUCAACCACUAUUUGUUCCUGGUCAUUUGGACAAACCAGACGCAGACUUCUUAGUGAUGGCUUUAUCUCCACUUCUGAGUGAGCCUGGAUCCCUGAAGCGGCACAAGGAAUUGAGGAUUGUUAAUUUCCUGCAAGACUUCAUACAGAGCAUGGAUGAUGAAGAAGAACCAACUGAUGCCCUUGAACAAGAGACGGCAGAGCAAGACCAAGCAGAGGGGAAAGGCGACAACCAAAACAGCUUCACUGUCUGCGGCAUGUUGCAGUGGUUGACUGGACAGGCACAUGUUCCCAUUACUGCAGCUGAGAGGGCGAAGUUCAAAAUUACUGUUGAAUUUGAGCAUGACUGUCAGACUCGCUAUGGCCAACAUGGUGUCUGUUACCCAGUUGUAAAUGCGUGUUCAAACAGCAUAAGAUUUCCUACCUUGCACAUAGGCACCUACCCAGAGUUUGUUCACAUCAUGAAACAAGCCUUAAUCAACAGUAAGGAGUUUGGUCGCUGUUGAGACUCUAUGUCUGUUACAUUCAGUAAUGAAAAAGAACAAACAGCCUAGUUCACAGCUCAAAAAGUGUACUACACUACAAAUACAAUAAAAAUUUUUAAUUGUUUUCUAUUUUGAGAAAAAAAACGCCACAAAACAAUACAUACUUGAUGUUUUCAUAGUGUUUAUUUAGUCAUUUAUGGAAUUCAGAAGAUAUUACUGUUGCAAAACUGUACAAUUAUUUCAGUCACUUUUCUCUGUUUUUGAUUCAAAAACAAAAAUUAAAUUUAAAAUUUUUACUGUCUCUGCUGUUGUGACAUGGUGCCAGCAAUAAAAACUCAACCAGUGAACGCA